CAACAGGUGCGUGAUUAGUGUCUCUGUGUACGGUUAUAAAUAUAUAGCCUAUAUAUAUUUUUUUAACAUACAUCAUAUUACGUCUUGUGCGUUAUUUAAUUAAGCGACUAUUAAUAUACGGUUCUUUUUUUCCGCCCUUCAGCUAUAAUUAAGCCCUACAGGUGGCACAAGUCUACAUCCGCUGGAAAAAGUAGAGCGCCGGUGUGCCGGUGGAGUGAGCAGUGAUCCGCUCGUCACUUCUUUUCGGAGACAACAAGAAGACAGCAGCGGACGUCAAACAUGGACUCUCUUAAGAAAAGUUUCAACAAGGCGAAAGAAGGUGUAGUGUUCGCGGCAGAGAAGACUAAGCAGGGCGUGACGGGAGCGGCCGAAAUGACCAAAGAUGGGGUCGUGUUUGUCGGCACCAAAACAAAGGAUGGCGUCACAACAGUUGCAGGUAAAACAGUGGAGGGUGUGAGUCAAGUGAGCGGAGCUGUGGUUACCGGGAUGACUAAUGUUGCCCAAAAAACUGUGGAGGGGGCGGGCAAUAUUGUCGCAGCCACCGGAUUGGCCAAGAAGGAUCCAGCCAAACCAGGCGAGGACAACUCGGGCGGGCAGGAUGUGGUCCAGUCGCCCGUUGAUACCAACGUUGCCGACGCACCAGUGGACAACACAGCUUGAAGUCAACGUUUUACGAAGAAAAGAUGACCGUAACAUUCCAUGUUGCUCUGACAAGUUGGUCCUGUGUGUGUGUGUGUUCUUCUGGUUGGAUGUGGGUUGUGUAUUCCUAAUAUGCAUCUGCAUAUCAGCAAAUGUACCUCAGGUGUCUUGUGUGAUUCGUAACCAAACGUCAUUGACAUGACAAUGCCACUUUACCUUAACCGUGUGUGUGUAACCACCUGGAAUAUUCCACAACUACCCACCCAAGUGUCUAUGUGAACAGUACUGUAGUUUUAUGGUAUACAAAUGUUUGCGUCUAUCUUGGAAUUUCGUCAGAUUAACUUUCCGAAUUACUGCCGUGCAUCUUUAUUUGGAUUGUAGUGUUGAAUAAAAUGUAAACUUUCA